AAAAGUCCAGCAUCUGGUGGAUGAGAACGGAGGACCGUAUUGGGUGAACUUCAGAAACAAAGGCGGUGGGUUCCAGGAUUGUGUGAACGAAGCUACGUCUCUGAAGGAAGACGACCCACAUGGUCUGUGGGUACCUGAGCCCCAGGACCUCUUGAUAGGAACAUGGCUGACCCUCAGGACAACACCCUGAGGAUCGUUCUGGUGGGGAAAACGGGAAGUGGGAAAAGCGCAACAGCAAACACCAUCCUUGGGAAAGAAGUAUUUCCUUCCAGAAUUGCUGCCCAGGCCGUCACCCAGCACUGUCAGAAAGCAUCGCGGGAGUGGAAGGGGAGGAACCUUCUUGUUGUGGACACCCCAGGGCUCUUCGACACCAAGGAGACCCUGAAAACCACGUGCAAGGAAAUCAGCCAGUGCGUCAUCUCCUCCUGCCCCGGGCCCCACGCCAUCAUCAUGGUUCUGCAGCUGGGCCGCUACACGCCAGAAGAGCAGAAAACCGUGGCACUGAUCAAGAGCGUCUUCGGCAGGCCAGCCAUGAAGCACAUGAUCAUCUUGUUCACCCGCAAAGAUGAUUUGGGGGAUCAGAGCCUGCGUGACUUUAUAGCAGGUGGGGACGUGAAGCUCAGGAGCAUCCUCAAGGAGUGCGGGAACCGCUUCUGUGCCUUCAGCAACAGAGCAGGUGACGCUGAGAAGGAAGCUCAAGUGCAGGAGCUGGUAGAGCUGAUAGAGAAAACGGUGCAGAACAACGGAGGGGCUUACUUCUCUGACGCCAUCUACAAGCACGUGGAGGAGAGGCUGAGACGCCAGGCUGAAGACCUGAAGAAAAUCUAUGGUGAACAAUUAGAAGAAGAACUGAAACUAGUAGAAAAGGAAUAUGUUCAUAAAUCAGAGGAAGAAAAGCAGAAAAAAAUAAAAUUGCUAAAGGAGUACCAUGCUGAACAAAUAAAAAAUAUAAGGGAGAAAGCUGAGAAGAAUAUAUUUGGAGAUGUUUUGAAUAAGAUUAUGCAGGUACUUUCACGAGUAUGGGCUAGGUUUUGGCAGUAAUGUCAAUCUUGUUAUUGAAAGGGCAAGCUCCCAGAUUCUAUUUCAGCCAAUUGGGACCCGGAUCCUACCUCAGCCAAUCAGGACCCGGAUCCUAUUUCACCCAAUCGGAGCUUGGUCUCUCUCCUCUCACCUCAGCAAGGAGCUCACCCACCACUCUUAGACCCUGCCAAUUGACCAGAGCCAUGACCUAUCACCCCAUCAACUACCCCUAGAUCCAGCCAAUCAGCCAGAGCCAUGACCAUAACCCCACCAACUGCCCUAGAACCCCAUAAAACAUUUCUGAUAUUGAAACUUGCCCUCUUUCUCUGGCAUCUUGCCACUGCGUUGGUGUAGAUGAGAGAUUAAGCUCGACCUAGCUUGAAU